ACAGGAAACGGUGUACGAAACCGCGAAGAAGUGCCUAGCAAACGCUCGACAAUCGGGAUGGAGGCGCAACCUCAACAACGCAAAGAUGGCCGUCUCGUUAGCCAAGAUCAACCCUUGUAGGGCCCAAUUAGAGUGGUACAAAUCGUACUGCGACGAUUCGGACAAUGAAUUGGGCUACUACGACUCGUUCAAGCAAAUAGUUGCUUCUAGAAGAGACGCCAAAGUCAACAUGAACCGGAUAAGGCUCGGAUGCUUUUGGGACGAUUUUAUCGAUAAGCUCGAAAACAAUCACUUAACUCACGAUUUCCACAAGUUGCCGAAAUACGUCAACGCCUCACAAUUCUACAAACUACUAGUCGAGCCGCUGGAAAUCGCGGAAUAUUAUCGAAAAAAUGUGCAUAUGGAGAAGGGGCAUUAUAUCGAGAAUGGGAGGGAGAAAAGGUUCAAGAUUUUCGAUAAGUGGUGGAGAGAGAGAAAAGUCGGGGACGAGGAAGGCAAACCGAGAAGCAAAUACGCGAGUUUGACGCAAGAUUCGUGCUUUUGGGCUAGGGUUGAGGAAGCGAGAGACGGGAUUUAUCGGGUUUUAGGAGAAACGGAUGUGGGGAGACGUUUGGUGUUGUUGGGAAAGAUCGAAACUUUUGAAGCGUACGCGAACGGGAUGAUCGAAAGGAAGGAGGUUUCGGUGGAUGUUGUGGCGAAAAAUUCGAGCUAUAACUUGUUUGUAGAAGAAUGGAGAGGCCUUAAGUUGCAGAUGAAGAUGAUUAUGCCAUCACCCCAUUUUCCAGGUUUUCAAGAUGGAAUGGUUCAGUGAAA